GACCGUCGAUCGCAGUGCAGUGCAUUUUUCAAUUCAACGACCGCUGGAUUCUUUCGCUUCUAAUCAACCUUUUUUUCUCUUUAUUAAUCGGUUCUAUUGAUUUUUUGCGAUUGUCAACUGUUAUUAUUCAGAUCGGAGACCUGAAGGCAGAAGAAAGAAGUCAAGUUCAUCAUGUUUGGGAAGACACGCAUCCCAGUGUACGUCCCGUCGGCGGACAAGUUGGUACGCCGCCAAUACGUCGAGGAUAAUAAUGGCCGCCUUGUCUGGUUCUGGUAUACUCGGACAGGCGUCAUCGUCAAAUGGUCUCUAUUCCUCGGCAUCACCGUCCUGCUGGCGCUGUACCUCGUCCUCGGGCGCAUGCACGCCAAGCGCCGCGUGAACAAAGGAUUGAAGCCGAUGGCCUACCACAACUGGCUGCUCUCGCGCCAAGAAAAAGCCGGCGUCGACCCGCGCUACGCCUGGCCCCAGGCCUCCUACACCAACUACCCGGCGCCGGGCUACGGGCCCGCGCCGCCGGGAGGCAUGUAUGGCAUGCACGCGAUGCCGCCCCCGGUCUACGACCCGAACAACCGCCCGCCAACGUACGAGGGCGGCCCGCCGCCCAUGGGAGGCACCAAGGUCGACCCCAUGCAGACCGGCGUUACUAGUGGCGAAUACGCACCGCCUCCGGGACCGCCGCCCGCUGCGCAGCGAUAAAGCGGUUUUGCGUUUUUCUUUUUCGGCUGCGUUUCAUUUUGAUGACGAGGAUGAGCGUGAGGGGAAAAGGGAAAGGUGAUGGAGGUGGCGUGUACGAUGAUGGGACGACGUAUGGGAAUGUGUUACAUUAGGGACUUGCUAAAUAAGCCUAUGGUACAGAGUACAGGGCAGCAGGCAGGCAAGCAAGCAAGCAUUAGUCGGGCAAAAAAACAUGGAUGAACCGUUGUGCUGUACGAUUCAGGA